GGGAGAGGGGAGCUCGCGAGGACGGCUCGCAAGCGCCGCGAUUCGCGAGCCACUUCACUCUUUACCCCGGCAAUGAUCAUCAUCAAUCGCUAGUUCAUCGGAUCAAUCCACUAGUAGGUAGAGUGAAGUGAUUAUUAGACGUGUUCUCGCGCUCCUCUUACGCGCUUGUUUACAACCAUGACUCCCAAGUGCCAGAUAAUUGUUAACAAAACAAGAGAAAGACAUUUUGAAGCCGGACAAUGUGUGACAGGAACAGUGAAGUUUGCUAUAUAUAAGCCGAAGCGGUACGACAGUAUUGAUAUCUCAUUCGUGGGCAGUGGAAGGUGCAAUUAGAUUCAUACAACUGCAGAUAGUGAAGUAACUAACAUUAGCAACGAGGAACGGUAUGUCUUCAUCAACAAGAAUUUAUUUACACCAGUUGGAGACCAGAUGGUUGACCCUGGAGAUUAUGAAUACCCAUUUGAGUUUUUACUCCCAGACGAUAUACCAUCGUCAGUUAAGACUGCCUUUUGUAAACACUACACAAUUUUCGUGACAUUUUUAAAAAAGAGAACUUUUAGCUCUGGAGGUGAAAAUGAGCUUGAAGUACCUGUUUAUGGAUAUGUGAAUCCAUGCAGUCGAGAACCACUAACCUUCGAAGUCGAGAAAAAACUACUUUCCCUCAAUCCAAACAAUAAGAUCACAGUAAAAGGAGAAAUAGACAGAACAUGUUUAAAACCAGGUGACAGCAUUCAUCUGAAGAUGACGGUGACGAAUGACUCAAAUAUCGCCAUUUCUAUCAAAAGUGAGCUCGUUUAUCGUAACUUUUAUAUAUCAAGCGAUAAGGUUCCUGUUAGGAAAUCUGAAAAAGGGAGUAUACCGGGGAGCGAAGAAACUUCUACUAUAAAGGAAAAAAGUGUGACAAAACUAGAGAGAACAAUACCAAUACUUAAUACGUUAUACUCUGUACAAAAUUCGAAGAUAAUGGAUGGAGAUUUUGAGGUUAAAGUGACGGUUAAAGCACCAUUUCCUCAUACUAAGGCUUAUGCCCGAGUUCCAGUGGUGAUUGGAUGGAGAAAAGAAGAACACGAGAGUCUUAACCAGCGUGAUCUGCCACCUUCAUAUUCGGAAGCUAUCAGAGGAAAUAAUUAGAAAAAUGAAUAUUUCAAUAGGGACUGUGUAUAAGUGAUAGCUUAUGUCAUUUAAAGUAGGCUCUACACAUUUAUUAUGAUAGUUAUUUUUAACGUGUCAUGAAGUCAUUGAACUAGAGUGUUUUGACUCAUAGGAACUUGUAUCUAUCUACGAUAGUUUAAUUUUGUGUCGUAUGUAUGUAUGUCAUCUAGUGUAAUGUAACAAGUAAUUGUAUUGAGUCCCGAUUUGCUAUCUAGGUCUCUAUUUCUCUUCCGAAAUUGCGGGUACUAAUAUUAAGGUUUAAGUAGUUUUGAUCAGUCUUAAGACUUGAUAAAUAUUUCUAUUGCUUGUGUUGAUAAUUUGCUUAAAAAAUAUAUUAAAAUUCUGUUUAUUUCUAUUCAAA